CGUUAUAAAGAACACAAGAUGGUUAAAAUUUCUGGAUAUCUCCACUAUGGCAUCCCUCAUAAUUAUAUGUUAAUUUUUUGACAUAACAGCACAUAUACUACCACUGCUACUACUAAUAUAUACUACUACUACUACCACCACCUCACUGCACUUGCGUUUGUCUUCUCGUCGUUCCUACAAUGUGUCUUUGCCAACCCUGGUAACGCUUAGCUUGUUUUUGGUGUGUCGUCUCUGACCGCAGUUUCAGCAGAGUGGUGUCGUAUAUCGCGGUUACGAUACAUGAUCCAUUCUAGCCUCUCCAAAUGUACGCCCACAUACUGAUCCAUCCCACAGAAAUGGGUAAUACACAACAGAGAAUGCCGAAACGACACAACAUCGAUGGCGUACGUGCACGAGUAGGCUGAACCGCAUGACCUUGCUUGCACAUGAUAAUCUUUGUGCAUGUGCAUCAUGUGAUCCUCCAUUCCCGAUACCGAAGAGAGCAAGGAAAGAAUUAGGCUCACAAUGGCUACAUGGGGCGAAAGGCAAGGGAUUCAAGCUUGCUUCUUCGCAUCAUGGUUUUGUGGCUCGUAGCAAGCCUAUUUGAAAAAUCACCGUGGUGGAACGCUUUUCACUGGGUACGCAAAAACUUCUAGGGUCUAACUACAACUUCUUAUGUCACCUAGAGAGGGGUGCUUAAAAUAGUAAAUUACAAAAAACAAAAGCCGCGUGCACACCACAUUUUUACCUGAAGAAGCUGCAGCAGAUGGGUUAGUAAGGGCUUGAGACAAACCUUACAGCCAUGUUCUGUAUUUUUUAAUGUUUGCCACUUAAAGACAUAUGCCAAGGUAUCUCAUACGGCAUACGCGUAUUGAGGCUAAGGCUGAAUGUAUGCUAAAUACACCAUUGAUAGUAAACAUGCCGGCGCCUGUGUCAGGCUUCGCUGUAUAAGAUAUAACGAUUUUGCGGCCUUCCCCACCAUUGAAUCAGCAUGAGCAUUCCAUGAUGGCCCUCCAUGGUUUUUCAUUCGUUCUCCACCUGCCCGCGGCUGAACUGAAGAGCCUGCUGUUCCUUUCCCACCACAACACCCAGGUUUCCUGGUGAUUCUUCAGUUCCUUCUAGACAAUCAACACCUGUCUGUAAAAGACAGUCCCCGCGUCCUCUGCCACAGACACCACUGUUCUUGUUAUCCCAUCUUUCUUCUUUCUCCUCAUUCUCUGCAGAUGCUGAGACGUGCUUCUACUUAGGAAUGCAAAAAUAGCGUCUUUUGCACUCCUCAUGAUCCUCCUCCAAUUGCUCGCAGCAUGUCAGUUCUGUGGUUUAAGGUGGCCAGAGAGUGCCAUUUCACUGCGGUUGGCGGCAGUUUUACGCAAGUUGCUGGAACUAGAGGACUUCGUUGAAUCUCAUAAUGUUUGGAAAUAUCUAUGUUGUCUUUUUUGCAUAAAUAAUGAUUUAAAACCACGCUUCGGAAUAAAACUUGGGCUUCAAUAGUGCUCAUAUAGGCACCAAUUUUGAAAAUAAGCAUUUAUAGGCACUUAUAGGUAUUUAGGCCCCAACACUUAAAAUAGGCUUUUAUAGGUGCUAUAAAAAUACUAUAAAAGCCCUUUUUAACCUCUAAUUCAUGCUCUUAUAUCAAAAUGGCUCGAUAGGAACGCAAGGAACAAGAUAGGCAUUUGUCUAUAAUCUGGUCUCUACUCGUAACGUAAGUAAAUCGGACAAGUUGGUUGUUCAGACCAAUGCUCAUUGUUCAUGUGUUGUUCUUGCACUGUUUUUAUCAUCGAGAGAAAGCACAGCGAGAUGUUUCAAGCAAAAUAUGAUGCAUGAGGCACAAUAUUUGCAGAGAAUGUAUUGGCUCUCAUAUAUAUUAUAUAUGGUAUGUCAUUUAUUCACUAACAAAAGAAAAAAAGCCUCCAAUAUUUUGUUUGUUCAUAUAUAUAGAUAGAUACAUACAUACUAUAAGGUAGACGAUGCAUAUAACAAAAACUUUAUUUCUUUGUUCUAUCUGAGGUCAGGCCUUCAUUAAGAAGACUGCUGUUUUCUCAGGGAAAUGUUUUUUUGCCCGAUGAACGCCAGUCUCUGGCUAAAAAGGUUGAAAAAGUUCUCUACCGUGUAGUAUUUCUUCUACUGGAUCAUAUAAUCAUAUGUAUAUUAUAGCUGUAACGCUGUACUUCACCUUUGCAGCAUGCCAGGAUUCUAGUGUUGUGUUGUGCUUUUAAUUCUGCUUCUGUGUACAACCGAGAUAUGUUCUAGCCCUUUGCAAUGGCUUAUGCUAUUGUUAAAUGAUCUUGCGUGUUUCAAUUGGUUUCUUCUUUCAGUUGCACAAAACCAGAUCUGUUUUUUCACAGAUUUAUGAUAUUGGCAAUGUGUUCUUUGGGGUGAACCUUUCAGUGAGCACAACGAGCUUUGUGUGGCCAACUACGUGUACUACCUCUAACGAGGGAGGUCAUUCUUGUAUUUUUCUGUUAAUGGUGCAAAUAUUCUGCCUUUGUGCCAUUUUUAGUAGGCUUCUUAAAUUUAGUGCAGAAGUUGCUGCUGCCAGCCCCCACUGUCCAGAGCCACAUUACUUAUUGCUCUUCACUUUUUGUCAAAGAACACAAUUUUGCACAUUAUAUUCAGGAGUUUCCCUUAAACAUAAUUUAACAGGUCAGCCUCCAAGGAAAUAUGAAGACAUUGGGGCGCCAGUUGAAAGACAUGGAAUGGGCACGACCUUGCUGAAUAUGACAUUCCUUAGGAGCAUGUCAUCUUGGGAGUCGUUUACCUCUCCAGCAACUUCGGAUGCUGCGAAGCCAGAGCACACUCGCCGCUACUGCUGUAACUUCUGUGACUACAAGGAUGCUUCGCCAUCUGGCCUGCAACAACACAUCAGAGUUCAUACAGGCGAGCGACCAUUUGAGUGCCAUUUGUGCCCGCAGAGAUUCAACCGAAACUAUGCUUUGCGUGUUCACCUGCGCACUCACACUGGCGAACGGCCCUGUAAAUGCCAUCUCUGCCCUCGAAGGUUCGCACGAAGAUCCACAUUGAUUAACCAUCUUCUCAGCCACACGGGCGAACGGCCUCAUCAGUGCACUAUUUGUCAACAGGCGUUUGCACGCAGUAGUACGCUCGCAAAGCACAUGCGUCUCAUGCAUAAAUGCCAGUGACCUUUUAAAAUCUGUUUCCACUGUACUAGCUAGCUUGUGCGUAUGUGAAUGCAUGUUUCAAUUAUCGUUCCAGAGCACUGUGCUAACGCAGAGUUAUGUAGAAGAACAUAGAAGCUGUGAACCAACUAAUAAGACCAUAACUUUGCUAGUACAGUCUAGCACAUGCAGUUUGCAAUGAAUUAAAAAUAAAGUCCCAUUAGAGAAAGUGUAAAAGCCAAACUAAAUUAAAAAUCAUGCACUUUUCCCUGAAAGGUGAGGCACUGAAAUCAUAUAGAGAAACUUUUGUAUUGCACAAAAGCUCAAACUUUUAGUUCAAUGAUAGCGAGCACAAGCUUUUACGAUUCUGCCAAUGCUAGUAACAUGCAGUGCAUCCGCACGGCAUGUUACUCAUAUUUAAUGUACAGUGCGUCCCCAUGCGAAUUGUGCAAAAAAAAAAAAAACUUAUGAGGUUGCUUAAGCUUCACAAUCAAGAAUCGAAUGCAUAAAUUAGCCCCAUGCUCACUGCCUUCCUUAUUGCUAGCCUUACUUCAAUUCCUGGUGCAUACAUUAACCAUACUCUAAGGGAGCAAAUGACUCUACAUGUUACACUUUUUCUCGCAAUACUAAAUCAUUGGAACGAGCUAUCUGCUGCCGACACCGUCUCUUCUCUAAAUCAUGAAGGCUUAUAAAUUUAAAAGUUUUUGAAUGCUAAUAAUGUUCUUGUUUUGUUAUCAGUAUUUCCUUUGUGUCCUGUAUUUCAACCAACGUGAAUUAUCUUUUCUUAUUGUAUUCUUUUCUUGUUCUUUCAAGACUUUUUUUCAAGCUGUUUUUCUAUUCUUUUAAUAGUACUUUCAUCUGCAUUGCAUUAGUGCCCUGUUAAGUAAUGGUAUAUCUACAGAAGUAUGAGUGCGUGUAUAACAGUAUGUGUAGAUCUGUAUCUAUUUGUAUCAAUCGUUUCAUAUGUUGUUUAAUUUGUAUGCUGUAAUUUUGACAGCUUUGUUGUAUUCUGUCUCUCCUAUGUAAUGCAUACCCAUGCUCUUAGUGUACUUGAAUAAAAACACAUUGACCUCUUUAA